UCUCCUGUGCUGUGAAUCUCUCCUGUGCUGUGAACAAAAAUCUGAAUCCAACCAAAACAUCUGGUUUUAGUGACUAGGUUAGCAUUUUCCAAACAGGUUUUCUCAGCAGUUCCUGAACCACCAAUGGUGGCGCUGUAUCAGGUGUCAUGAAGUUGCAAAAACUUUCAUAGUGGCCAUGCAGGUUUUGGGGGAGGCAGGUGGAGGAAUGCAGACAGGCCUGGGGAGGAGAGACCUGAACUGGAAUGAAGGGUCUGGACUGUAGUCCAGGUGCUUGAAUUCAAGGAGACCAGAGUGAGUUCAGAAGAACUGGCUGAAGGAAGUCCUCAUCCAAAGGAGUCACUUCUCUUCAGUGGACACUGCUAUGACCUAGUACCACCGUAGUACCACCGUAGUACCACCGUAGUACCAGCAGGUUCUGUUCUUUCACGUAAAACCCCGGGGGUCCAUGUCUCCGUCUCUGGCCAGGUCUGCUCCCAGUGAGCUCAACCACUGGUGGAGUCAGCUCCGGUUCCGCCUUCAGAACAAGAAAGGAUGGAACGAGAUGUUGGAUGAGAUGUUUCUGCUGCACACCAAAUACAUGAAUGACAUUCCUCUGUUCUACGCAUCCAAAACAAACAGCACAGACUGCAUCAGGAAACUGUUGAGCUGCUCCUCCACCAACAUCUUUGAGCGAGGAGCUCUCGGGGAGACGGCACUUCACGUAGCUGUGAUGAACGACAGCCUGGAGGCCGCUGUGGCUCUGAUGGACGGAGCUCCUGAACUCAUCAACGAACCCAUGACCUCUGAACUCUUCCAAGGCGUCACCCCCCUCCACAUCGCCGUGGUGAAUCAGAACACCAACCUGGUCCAUCACCUCAUCUGUAGAGGUGGUGACGUGGUUAACCCCCGAGUGACUGGCCUGUACUUCAGGAAGAGGAUGGGCGGACUCCUGUACUACGGUGAACACGUCCUGUCGUUCGCUGCUUGUGCAGGAAAUGAAGACAUUAUCUCCAUGGUGGUGGAAGCGGGGGCCAGCACCAGGGUCCAGGAUGACCGAGGUACAGUACCACGUGUCACCGUGUGUUUGUCAGUCUGUAGUCAGUACUGCAGUACUCAUGGAAUACCGCGUCUGUCUGUGCCCUCCUCACUUCCUCUCCCCCUGGUGGUGUCCACAGGAAACACAGUGCUUCACAUUCUGGUUCUGCAGCCCAACAAGGUGAUUGCGUGCCAGGCCAUCGACCUGAUCAUGGCCCACGACGCUGAACUGGACCGGCCGCUGCCGCUCGACAUGGUGCCUAACUUCCGCGGCCUCACGCCCUUUAAACUGGCUGCAAAAGAGGGAAACAUAGUGGUAUUCCAGCACCUCGUCAAUAAGCGACGUGUGGUCCAGUGGAGUCUGGGACCUUUGACCUCCAGCCUGUUUGACCUGACGGAGAUCGACUCGUGGGCCGACGACAUGUCAGUGCUGGAGCUGAUCGUAGGCAGCCAGCAGAGGGAGGUGGGUCACGCCCCGGCAGGUGCUGCACAGUCAGAGACAAACAGUCAGCUAAUACAUAUUUCUAAUGUCUUCGAUGUUGUGAAGGCCAGGAGGUUACUGGAGGUCACCCCUGUGAGACAGCUGGUCAGUCUGAAGUGGAACCUCUACGGAAAACACUACUUCAGGCUGCUGCUGUUUCUCUACCUGCUCUACAUCGGAAUCUUCACACUCUGUUGUGUGUAUCGCCCCCUGAAGGACGCUCCUGAGAACUACACCAGGUCAGAGAUGGACAAAACCAUCCGUGUCCAGAAGACGCUCAAUGAGAGCUAUGUGACACAUGAGGACAACCUGAGGCUGGCAGGAGAGGUCAUCAGUGUCCUGGGGGCCGUGGCCAUCCUCCUGCUGGAGAUCCCUGAUAUACUGAGGGUUGGAGCCAAGCGCUACUUUGGGCAGACGGCACUGGGCGGUCCUUUCCACGUCAUCCUCAUCAGCUACGCCUGCCUGGUGGUGCUGCUGUGUGUCUUCAGGGCCAGUGAGGUGCAGCGAGAAGACCUGGUGAUGGCCGUGUGUUUGGUGCUGGGCUGGUGCAACGUCAUGUUCUUCGCCCGAGGUUUUGAGAUGCUCGGUCCUUACGUCAUCAUGAUCCAGAAGAUUAUAUUUGGGGACCUGACAAAGUUCAUGUGGCUGACGAUGAUUGUGCUCGUUGGAUUUUCUACCUCUCUGUGGAUGGUCUACAUGACCCAGGAGCCUGAUUCCAUCCCGGCCUACCGCUCCUUCCCCAUAACUCUCUUCUCCCAGUUUGAACUGAGUGUGGGCCUCAUAGAUCUACCUGUGGAUCACACCAUUAUUACGCCACCUAUUGUUCAUGUGAUACACUGCGCUUUCUCUGUGGUCUCCUACAUCCUGCUCCUGAAUCUGCUGAUAGCCAUGAUGAGUGACACCCACUGGAGGGUGGCCCAGGAGAGGGACGAGCUGUGGAGAACACAGGUCGUGGCCACCACUCUGAGUCUGGAGAGGAGACUUCCCCGCUGGCUGUGGCCUCGCCUCGGGGUUUGUGGUCUGGGUUACGGCCUGAAGGAGCGCUGGUAUCUGAGAGUUGAAGACAGAAACGACUCAAUGAUGCAGAAGAUGCGACGCUACAUCAAAGUCUUCUCCAAAGAAGAGGAAAAAGAAAAGGACGGGAUGGAAAAGACCGACUCAACAAGGAAGUCCGGCUCUGGAACCCCGAGGCUCCGCCCCAAAACCAGUGGAGGGCCUAACGACAGGAAGUCUCUGACAGGAUGGCAGGUGAUUCGCUACAGCACCUUAGGAUUGGAGCAGGAGCCGGAGGAGCCGGAGGAGGACCAGAACAUUAAAGUGGUCUAGAGCUGGACUCUGAAGGUCCACACUUGGACUAGAACACGUUCUGGAACAUUCAGUGACGUUCUCUUUACAUCUGAAUUCCUUUCAGAAAAUCAUUUGUGUGUGUACCUCACUGCAGUACUGGAGUACACAUGGAGUACACAUGGAGUACACAUAACACUGGUGGUAGAGAAGGGUCACUGCAGUUGUAGCUCAGUCUGUGAGAGGGGGCGGGGGGGGCAGUGUCAGUAGACGACCAUUCUGCUGUCCGACCUGACGUAGUGUGUGUUUUGGGUUUUGAGGGUGGAGCUUGAAUGAGGAGAGACAAAGGAGGUUGGGUGUUUUUUUAACUUUAACCUUUAACCUCUUUAACCUUUUUUACCAAUGAUAAAGAGUAAAUUAAUACCUGGAAAAAGUAGCGUCCUGACAGGUGAGCAGAAGUACUCUGAUGAGUUCAGAAAUACCUGUAUUCAAGUAGAAAUGUAUGAGUGUGACUGUAUCUCAGUUGUACUGCAGUUUUCCUACAACUAGAGGGUGGUGGGUUUGAUUCCACACUUGGGACAGUAUUCAACUGCAGUCUGCUCUGGGCAGUUUGGCGCCCUCUAUCGCCUAUUAGUUGUAUUUUUUCCCUAAAGUUUUAUGAUACAUCCCCUCCAGCAGAUGGCGCACUAGUCAACCGUUUGAACUGUUCGUUCUGUGGGUUCUUUCCUGCUAUGCAGAUGGUCUUGUGUUCAAUUCCCAGCUUAGGUCAUGCCGUGAAGGUCGUGUGUGGCAGAAACUGUUGCUGUUCCUUCUGGAGAUGAAACAGUGACUGAACCACAGACGCCUGGCUGCGUGGUGGUGAGUGGACGUCACCACAGUCGGACAGCUCACCUCCACAGGUUCAAUUCCUUUGACGUCAUCAUUCAGAGACGUGGUGUCUGCAGUAUUACGAUAUCAAAAGGCUGUUUGUUGGUUGUGUAGAAUGUUUGUAGCAUUAACCAGGUCCACACGUCAACAGUUACUGUA